AGCAGGCAAUUAAAGUCAUUAGAGUCUCGGUUGAACGGAAAACUAAGUCGCUUCUUUUAUGUAGUCAACGCGAGGCCUACACGUUAGUAGUAGGGGGAGCUUUUAUUUGAACGACAGACCGACCUAGCUUUGUGGCGGAAGUGUGCGUGUGAUUUGAUUGACAACUGAACACGCCACUCAAACACAAACUGUUCACCAAUGUGGCGCACGGCGGGGUUUUCUCGACCAAUGGCUGCAGUGUAGGGGCGGGACAUCCGCGAUGAAGUGUGACCGGAAUGCCCAAAGAAAAAUAUGAUCCAUCUGAUCCCCGGAAAAUGUAUACAAUUAUGUCUUCAGAAGAAGCAGCAAAUGGGAAAAAAUCAUACUGGGCAGAGUUGGAAAUCAGUGGGAGAGUUAGAAGUUUGAGUUCGUCAUUAUGGUCAUUAACACACUUGACUGCAUUGCAUCUUGGUGACAACUCCCUUUCACGUAUUCCUCCUGAUAUUGCCAAACUGCAUAAUCUGGUUUAUUUAGACCUAUCGUGCAACAAGAUACGGAGUUUACCAUCUGAGCUUGGAAACAUGGUAUCACUCAGGGAACUGCUUUUGAACAAUAACCUGUUACGGGUUCUACCAUUUGAGCUUGGAAAAUUGUUUCAGUUACAGACCCUGGGUUUGAAAGGAAAUCCUUUGGCACAAGAAAUUCUUAGCCUCUAUCAGGAACCAGAUGGAACUCGUAGGUUACUGAAUUACUUGCUUGAUAAUUUGGCAGGUACUUCAAAAAGAAUUCAGCCAGAACAGCCUCCACCAAGGUCAUGGAUUGUUUUACAAGAACCAGAACGGACACAUCCUUCAGCAUUGUUCUCGGUCAUGUGCUACAACGUAUUAUGUGACAAAUAUGCCACACGACAGCUAUAUGGGUACUGUCCAUCGUGGGCACUGAACUGGGAAUAUAGGAAAAAAUCUAUUAUGCAAGAAAUCUUGAACUGCAAUGCGGAUAUCAUAAGUCUUCAGGAAGUUGAAACUGAACAGUACUUCGCUUUUUUCCUGGUUGAACUUAAAGAACAUGGAUAUGAUGGUUUCUUCAGCCCCAAAUCCAGAGCCAGGACAAUGUCCGAAUCUGAUCGGAAGCAUGUAGAUGGCUGUGCAAUAUUCUAUAAGACUGAAAAAUUUUGUCUGAUUCAGAACCACACUGUUGAAUUCAACCAAUUGGCCAUGGCAAACUCAGAUGGUUCAGAAGCAAUGUUGAACAGAGUUAUGACAAAAGAUAACAUCGGAGUUGCUGUACUCUUGGAGUUGCAGAAGGAUUCUUUUGAGCUAUUCCCUGGGAAGUCAUUUCAUGGUGUGGAAAAGCAGCUCAUUCUUAUUGCAAAUGCACAUAUGCAUUGGGAUCCUGAGUAUUCGGAUGUGAAACUGAUACAAACCAUGAUGUUCCUGUCUGAAGUGAAGAACAUAAUUGAAAAGGCAUCUCAUACACUCAGACCUGGCGCUGUCACAGGAGACCUUAAUGUCAUUCCUCUUGUACUGUGUGCAGAUCUCAAUUCACUGCCAGAUUCAGGUGUUGUAGAAUACUUGGCCACUGGAGGAGUUGAUACAAACCACAAGGAUUUUAAAGAACUGAGAUAUAGUGACUGUCUAAUGAAAUUCAGUAAUAUUGGAAAAAAUGGAACUCCAAGUGCAAGGAUCACUCAUGGCUUUAAGCUGAAGAGUGCUUAUGAGAAUGGCCUAAUGCCUUAUACAAAUUAUACCUUUGACUUCAAAGGUAUUAUUGACUACAUCUUCUACUCAAAGCCUCAUAUUAACAUACUGGGUGUCCUUGGACCUUUGGAUCCUAAUUGGCUGAUUGAAAACAGCAUCAGCGGCUGCCCACAUCCACAUGUCCCAUCUGACCAUUUCUCACUUUUUGCACAACUGGAGCUUUUACUGCCCUUUGUGUCACCAGUAAAUGGUAUCCAUCUGCCAGGCAGAAGGUAGUUGUGUAGUUUUUGGAGGGAAGCCUCUUAAACAAUCUUGUAAAAUUGUAAAAUCAAAGUACUGAGGAGUGAAGUAUGGCCAGUAGGAUUAUUGUCUAAAUUAUGUUCUUAAUCAAUUUUAAAAUUUGUUUCUUGGAUAGAUUGUCUGAGUAAUAAACAAUAGUAGUCCGGUGCUAUUUGCAGAUAAUGAAAUUCUGAGCCCUGUUUCCUACUUUGUAUACUGUCAACAAAUGCCGAAAAUGGGUAUCUUUACGAAGCUAUUGCUUUUUGCUUCCACAUUUUUGGUGUAAAAUGAAGCAAAAUUUCCAGUCUCUAUAUAUGUUAUACAGUUGAUUCCUUUUAGAUUGGGGAAGGGGAGGCAAUUUGCUGCAAUGUUUUAUUUACGUAGGAAUGUUCACAGAACAAGUUCUCUUUAAAAUGCAGUUGUGCACUUUUGAAAUCUAGCUAAGUGAAUGAAACAUUUUACAUUGUCACCUUUUCUCUGAACAUUUUGUAAUAUGGUGGAAAGUCUAAUAAAUUGCUACAUGGGGCAUAGUGCUGUGGAAGGGAGAUGGGAUGAAAGUGUUGUAAUCUAACAUUAUUUGAUUGCUUAAAGAAUUUUCAAGAAUGAAUGUAAGUUCCUUUAAAGACUUGAAUGGCAAAUGUUCACAGAAAUGUUAUUUUUCGUUCCAUUUUUGCUUCCCUGAAUUUGUUUAAUUAUCCCUUAAGACUACCAUGUGGUAAGUUUUUUUUUAUUCCUGGUCAGACAAUAAGUCUUUUGUCCAUAUCUAUGUUUGCAAAUGUGGAUUUUUUUCCCUUCCCACUCCUCUUUUUCAAAACAAAACUUUCCUCAAUGCACAGUAGCCCUCAAGCGCACUUCUUUUCUUUCAGUAGAAACUUGAGAGUGCUUCAAACCAAAGUUAAAAUGAGAAGAACCUAAAAUGUUUCCAUAACGUCCUUGUAAACAUUGCUAAAACUGCUGUUUGCGUCUUAACUCUAGUGGUUCAUUUACAUGUUCGUUUAAAGAUAAUAUACAGGUGUAAAAGGUUUGUGAGCUUGAUUUGUAAAAUUGCCUACUUGACAAAAUAGUAAACUAUUUUACUAAAGAGGAAUCAACUGUGUAUUGUUGCACACAAAAUCUGCCUAGCACUACCUUUUCAGGCCAGUAGUAGCCAAUGAGGACCUUUCUUUCCAUACUUCACUCCCACAAUUUUGAGAAGUGUUUGUAUAAAUUUGAAUUUGAAUUUAGCCUUUAAUGAUUGUAUAUGAACCAUAGAAGACCUGAUUUAAGGCGUUUUGUACUAAAAAGAUUUAAAACAGAUUUGGAAAAAUGAUUGUAUUGUAAACUAAGGCUAAAUUUUUAUCUGUUACAUGCUUUAAAAAAAACCAUUUGUAAAGAAAAAAAGAAGUUGCAACAGGUUUCCUCUGCUAAUAUUUGCACUGUUCUGGGUUUGUAACUUGUGUACUACUUUUACAGUUGAGGACAUUGUUGAUUUAAAUUCAAGUAUUUCACUCCUCAGGAUUUGGUAUCAGCAUUUGAACCUUUAUAAUCUUUGAAUUUACCCAAGUUCCUCUGACUUAAUUUUUUUUUACAUGACGUGCCUCAUCAACUUUUUUUUUAUUUUCUGAGGGGUUUUUUGGAACCAGCACUGCCUGUGCAUGCGGAGAAAUCCUGAGCAUCUUCUUUUGAGAUUUUUUUAAAAAAAUAAAAACUGUUAAGAUUUGUGAGAUUUUAUGAAGACACUUUUGUAUAAGCUCUGUGGCAUUUUUUUUCUUGUGGAGCAAUGAACACCACAUUGUUGAUCAGGUUGGGUACAGUAGGGUACUGAGUAUAACUUUAGCCCAUUGUACCUUAGCACUGCUUCUGUCCCUUUGCACAGUGCUACUUUUCACCAAGGAAAGCUGCAUCAUGUGAGACCAUACCACCACCAUUGUCGUGUGCUUUGAUCUUGUAGAGAAGUAGCAUUCCUUGGUAGGUAUUUUAAUGUUCUGAAGCAGUGUAAACUAGAACUGAGCUAUAUUUUGCAUGCAGGUCUUCCAGACAAAGUUUCAAAUCCAUUAUUUUUUAAACAGUCAUGAUUUUGUGUUUUUUCAGCUGGACCAGAGCUAUAUCUCUACUCUCUGUUCAUUGUGCCAUUGGUAGCAUAUUCUUAAAGCCAAGUGUGCAAGCUUUAGUAGGUUAGCUUUUGCUGUGCUUUCGUUUAAGGUGCUAGGGGGAAGAAGGGGGAGCCUUUGGAAUUAGCUUGUACUAUAUUAUGCAUUGAAUGAGCCAGAGGUAUAGUUUGAUCUAGCUUUAUAGUUUCGACUGCAGGCAGAGAGACAAAAGAACACAACGUGACACUAAAGAAAAUUGGACCAGUCUUCAUUCCAGUUUACAGUUGAUGUGGAAUGUAGUUAAAUGGAUUGUGACAAAUUUUAACUUUUAAAACAUUUAAUUAAAAAGACAAAGCACUUAAGUAAAGGUGGUGCAGACAAAACCAGAAUAGAAUGAAAAAUUUUGGAAAGCUCACUAAGUUUAAAGAUAUAGUAAAUACCCAUAAGAGAUUUAUAAUGAACCCUUGUCUGGGACCUGCAGUCGUCUUUGUUUGUACAAUUAGCAAACAUGUCCAAUUUAUAAUCAGUAAACUAAUUACUGGUAGUAUUGUUUGUAGUAGAUUUAAUGAGUAGCUUUUUGUAAAGUGUGAAUAAAAGGUGUUUACUCAUGUUUUCCUUGCUUUACCAUUUUAUUAAUGUACAUCAUGAAACCCCAAACUGAAGUAAAUCAGGCAAAUGGCCAAUCAGUAUUGAUUUCAUUGUUUCAGCUUCAUGGUCACUUAGAAUGGAUAUAUACAGUUCACAGUUCAAAGGAGCUGUUAAUUCACAGACCAAAUCCAAAUGCUAUUGUAUGCUUAAUUUCUGUGACUGUUUAAAAUGUGACGUCUUAUUUAAAUACUGUACUGAAAUUAAAUUUUAUCUCUUUUUGGUAGGGUAUUUGUGGGAAUUUUUAUAUGCAGUUUUUUUGCAUAGUCCUACAAAUGUAGAAAUUUGGAUUUACAGAAUGCAAAAAAAAUUCAUCGGUGCAUUUUAUGUAAGGUUAAGACACCCCAUUUACAUAUUCAGGAAAGUAACAGACCAGGUUACUUUUCGUGUACAGUCACAUUCAUUACCACGUCCAAAUAAAAGUGUAUUCCAGUGAGUCCUUGAUGGUAACUUGUAGGCUACAUAAAUCUGAACCUUCUCCCCAUUUUCUUUAGUGAUGAUCACUACUCAGGAUAGAAGGACAUCUUUAGUUCUGUGCUUAACCUAUUUCUACAGAUUUCACUCUAUAAUGCACUGCAGCAACUCUUGUUUACCAUUUUUCAUGGGUGCACUGAUCAAACCAGCAAUUACAUCUGCACUAAGUAAUUUUUUUAAAAUUACAGCUACCUAGGCAGCUCUAAAGUCAGAUUUGAGAUGAAGUGGUAAACGAGGGCUUUUUAAAUGUUAUGUGAACUUUUUGGCUUGAAUAGCAGUUGAUAGCACGAUGUUUUCCAUAAGCAGGGUCUGCUUGUUCCUGUGCACAGGUGUAUUUUUCCUACUCACAGCUUGGACAAUAAAUUGUAUAUCUAUUUCAAA